UCUUUUUUUUUUCCUAUGGCGGACGUGUUUUUAUUCAGAGAGCUGGCGCAGGUCAACAUCCUGUCGAAUGUCGGCGGCGGACUGGUGUGGCAGCCCGCGUCGGACAGCCUGUGCUACAUUGGCGUCAUGGAAGAGCCAGCAACCGCAGCGACCGAAGCGUACCUGCGCCUGGUCGCGCAGGCCGAUGGCGACAAGGUCAUUGUCGACUGCAAGAUUGCCGAGGACAUGAGCAUGAAGAAGGCGUCGGACUGCUUUGUCACCUGGCGCGAUGCCAACGGCGCCACCGUCGGCUUCAACUUUGUCCAAGCCUCCCAUGCUGACGCGCUGGGUACAUUCUACCAGGACCUGAAGGACGGCAAGACCGUCUCGGCCAUUCUUAUUGCGCACGGACGCCAGCCGUCUGUCGCUCCGACCGCCGCGUCACUUCCCGAGCCACCGGUUGCUGCGACCGCUGCCGCUGCUACUGCCGCCGCUGCCGCUGCUCCUGCUGCUGCUCCUGCUGCUACUCCUACUACUUCUGCUCCUGCUGCCACCGCCAAAGUCCCACCGCCCACCGCGCCAAAGCGCGCGUCGGUCUUGGUGGAAACUCCGCCAUCCGCGCAGACCAAACAGCCCCAGCCAGCGGCCGAGCCUGCCUCGUCGACUGGUCGCGGUGCCAAACCGUCCAACCUGACGCUCACCACGCCAGCACAGCACGCGGCGGCGGCGGGGGGUUCUGCCGCACCGUCUCCCAACCCCGACGCCGCCGCCACGCCCCUCGACCCGAACGCCGUCCUCAAGCUCGGCUUCCUGGAAGAGCGUCGCAUGACCGCAGCCAAGGCUCAGGUGACUCCGUUGUUCAAGGGCUCGAAAAAGUUCUUGUGCAUGCUUCGUGGCGCGCGCCUCUUGUGCUACAAGGUGGAGGAGAAGGACGCGCUCAACGAGACGACGCCGCCCAACCACAUUCUGUUGCUCGACCACUGCGUUGUCAACCUCGAUACCGUGGAUGCUUCUCGCCGCGAGGCAUCGUUCACCAUCAGCACUGGCGAUGGUCAGCUCUGCUCCUUUUCGUCCGAGUCGGUCAAGGAAAUUAACGAGUGGAUCAAUGCCAUUCACCUGGCUGCCGGUCUGCACUUGACGAAAGCCACCGAUCGCAUCCGCGCGGUCGAGACUCUGCGUACCUCCAUCCACGACAUCUCACAAAAGGUUGACGCUGAGGAAAAGCGUGGAAAGGGUCCCGAGUUUAACAUUUCCUUCUACAUGGACGAUCUCACCAAGGAGGCCACCAACCAGCGCAUCCGCAUGAACGAGCGCAUCAUCGAGACGCUCUCGCUCGAUCUGUACAGGCUUCGCUGCUACGAGGCAGCGUUCACGGCACAGCCCCUGCCCCUGCCUUCCACACUGCUCAAUUCGAUUUCCAAACCCACGCACCAGACGGUCAUGCGCAUUGCCGCAGUGACUCCGGUCUUGCUGCACGCCUACAACAGCGUCGAGAGUGGCCUGUACAACAAUGUGGCUGCGGCCACCGCGGCCGCCGAGGCCGAGUACCAGCCGGGAGCGUCGUCGUCAAGCGGCAAGUCCUCCCUCCCCACGUCCCGCUCCAUCCAGCGCAUGUCGUCCUUCACCGCGCCAGCUGCGGCUCCCGCUGCCACACCCACCGGUCCUGGCACCAUUACUCCGACCGCAACCUCUGCUGGAGGUGAUGGCAAGUUUGUCAGCAUCGGCUCGUCCAGCUCCAUUGCCAAGCUCAUUCGAGGUGAGAUUCAACGAUCCUCGAGCGUGGAUCUUCCCUCCCCGACUUCGAGCGAUCCCUCCAUCGGCUCGCCCGUCCCCGCUCGCGUGUCUGGCGGUCUCGCGACGACGCAAUCGGCCACGAGCUUCCUGGCCCCUGUCAACCCGAGUGACGAGACCUCGGCUGGCGAAGUAGCCCAAGGCAAACGAGCUCGCUCUCCUUCCCUUUCAAAGCCAGGGCCGAAGACCUCCGGCCAGACUUUCAUCAAGGCCAUUCUGUCGUUCGCCAAGGAGAAGACCACCCUGCCAAUCUCGCCCGAAACCAAGGUGUUUGACUUUCUCGAGACCAUCAGCAAGAAGCGCAAGAUUGACAGCAACGACCUCUUCCUCAAGUACGUUGAUGCCAAGGGUAAAGUCGUCGAGCCACCGCUUACGGCGCUCAUCGUCUCGUUCAACACGAUGGAAGUCGAAGUGUGCAAAAAGUACACUCGGUCGAUCGAACUUGUCAAGGACGCCAAGGAUUCGUUCGGCCUCUUUAUCAAGAUUGCCGAUAUCGGCCUGAAGGCCAAGGUGCCCACAAUCUCGCGCCUGGCGCCUGGCGGCGCUGCCAUUCGCUCGGAGCAGCUGUUUGCGAACGACGAGCUGUGGGAGGUCAACGGCAUUGACGUUCGCACCAAGUCGCUGGACUUUAUCAUGGCGCUGAUGAAGGAUAACGCCAAGAUUACUCUGCAAGUCCGCUCCAAGCAGCCGGUGGCCUCGACUGCUCCAGCGUCGGGCUCUGGGUCGAGUAGCAACCUGCUUGGCAACAUUAGUGCUGCCAAGCGCAUCGCCCUCACGGACGAGCAAAUCAAGCAACUCGUCUUCCCGCCCCCCGUCACUCGCCAGCUUGACUUUGAGCAGCAGAUGAUCAAGGCGAUGGUCAUUCCCUCUGUCCCCGCAGCGUCAGCAACCAUCAAGGUCGCCCUUGCGUCUUCCCAAUCGGCCGCUGCGCCGCUGGCCUCGCUGGAGACGGACACGGACCCCGAGGUCGUUGUGGCAGCUUUGCAGCGCACGGUGAGCGAGCUCAGCCAGCUCAUCACCCGCGUCGCCAACGCAGGCAAGAAGGCCAAGAUGAGCAAGGCCGAGAUGCGCGACAAUGUCGUGAUGGAGAUUAUCAACACGGAGCGCAAGUAUCUCGCCGACCUCAACCAGAUGAUUGACAUGUACCUCGAGCCCCUCAAGUCCGCCACGGUUCUGAGCGCACCCGAGAUUUUCACCGUCGAGUGCAACACGUACAAGAUCCGAUCCUUCCACACCAAGUUCCUUGCCGACCUCGAGGCUUCCCUUGAGUUUGAGCGCCAAGAGCAGCUGUUUGAAGGCGAAUCCCUCAAGCCAUGCUACGGCGAUGUCUUCCAGGAUCAUAUGGAAGGGUUUAAACUGUAUGCAGACUACUGCUCGAAUCACCCGCGUGCUGCAGAGGUCCUGUCGGUCCUGCAUGACGGAGACCAGAAUCUGGCAGACUUUUUGGCCCAGUGCAAUCCCAGCAAUGAGCAGUCUCUGAAGCUGGAUUCCUUCCUGAUCAAGCCAAUCCAGCGCAUCCUCAAGUAUCCGCUGCUCAUGCGCGAGCUGCUCAAGUUCAGCAACAUGGAUGACGAGAACUCCAAACCCAGCGGCGACAACGGCAAGCCCGCUCCCAAGGAAGGCGAGGUUGUCAAGACCCCGCUUGCAGGCCCGGACCCACGCGCCCUGGCCCUGACCAAAGCCAUGGCUGGCAUGAUUGAGGUUGCCAACAUGAUCAACGAGCGCAAGCGUCGCCAGGAGACGGUCGACCAAGCUACCCAUCUGCGGGGUGACGAGUGGGAUGGUCCUGAAAUCUCUGAACUGGGCGAGGUUUUGCACUGCGGCGAAAUCAUGCGCAUCGAUCCCAACGAGUCUACUACCAAGAAGAAGGACGUGGAGCUGUUCUUGUUCUCGAAAGCGGUGCUGUUUGCUCGCAACAAGAACAAGGGCAAGAAGGGCAUGAAGCCUGCCUAUCGCUACUUUGGCCAAGUGCCCAUCAAGUCCAUGCUGAUUCGUUCGCUUCAGGACACUGAAGAGGACCGCAACAUUUGGGAGUUGGUGGAUAUGGGAUCUCUCAAGCAAGGCAAGCCGUCUCGCACCAACUACCUGAUGUACUCCAAAUCUCCGGAAGACAAGAAGACGUGGAUGCAGCUCAUCAAGCAGGAAAUCACAGCCAACAUUCGUCUGGGCGAGAACAAGGAGUCGAGCACUCCGCCGAUCGCAACUCCCUUGAAUGUUCCGCUGAGUCACCAGCGCGGAGGUUCCGAGUCGUCUGAAACCGGAUCGAUCGGCUCAGCUGGCGGCGGCGCUCUCUCCUCCAUGGUUUCAGCCAACGCCGCUGCUUGGAUGGCAAUGUCGGGUGGUGGCAUGUCGGCGAGCGGUGCUGCUGCCACAGGCAAUGCAGGCAGCAACGGCAGUCUGGACACGACUGGAUCGACAGAGGGCGGCAAUCAGAUUCGGCGCUCGGAUAGCUUCAACGAAGCCAUGGACGAUCGCCUUGUUGGAGCCAAGGCACCCAAGAAGGAGACGGCCGCGUCUGCGUUCGGAACGCUUCCUCGUCGGUUUUUGAAAAAGUGAUUUCAGAGUGUGAACCCUGCGGUUGCCUCGUCUAUGCUGAUGUGUGUUUAUUGUUGUUUUUGUUGUUGUUGUUGCCGUUGGUUGUGUGUGUGCGUGUGCCUGUAUGCGAGCACGUUAUCGGAAAAAUGCACAACAACAACUUUGG